CGAAAUUUCGUCUUUCCCUUUAGUAAAAAUAUAUUUAAAUUUGCAGAUGGGUUUUUGCUCAAUGCGAUUUUGUUUAUUUAUUAUUUUGGCUGUUAUUGGACUUAUUUCUGCUGUUUUGGGAUUUUUGGCGUUUAUUUUUGUUCCGAAAUUUAUUGACUGUCAAGUUAAAGAGAAAACGUUUUUGGGAAGAGAACAAAAUGGGACAGAUAAUAUUGUUUUGAAGAAUUUCCGCGAUCCUCCUUAUGACAUUAAACUUCAAAUUUGGACAUUUUCAACUCAAAAUGUUGAUGACGUGAUUAAUAGAGGAAAAAGGCCGAUUCUUGAAGAAAAAGGACCUUAUACUUUUAGUGUUUUACUGCACAAAACAGACGUUAACUUUUCUUCAAAUGACACUCGUUUAUUCUUUCGUAACCAAAAAAGUUAUUUUUUCAAUGCUAAUGAAUCGUGUGCUAAUUGUAGUUUGUCUGAUCGAGUUUUUGUUCCGAAUAUACUUUUUCAGAAAAUAGUCGAUAUAACAACUGGACUAUCAUAUCCAAUUAGAAAAACAAUCGAAUUCCUCAUUCGAAAUAAGGAGAAAAUAUUUAUUAAUGUAACAGCAGCCGAAUUGUUAUUUGAUGGAUAUGAAGAUGAAUUAAUUAAAAAUGUUUGUUCUCUGGUUCCGACAAUUUGUAAAGUUUUAAAUGUUCCUGAAAGGAUUGGGUUAUUUUAUGGGCAAAACGGAACAGACGAUGGACUUUACGAGGUUGACACCGGUUUACACGAUAUUAAUUUAUUAGAUAAAGUAUAUUCUUGGAAUGGAUUGAAAGGAAAAUUGAAAAAUAAUAGUUGGUAUAGAGAACAGGCUAGAAUGAUUAAUGGAACAGAUGCUGAACUUUUUAAACCAAGCCUUUAUAACAGUGAAAAACUGGAAAUAUUUAUCGGACAGCUUUGCAGAUCAUUCAACAUAGAAAAGCAAAGCACAGCCUUCACUUCUGGAAUUCCUGUUUUUCGUUAUUCACAACCUAAAAAUUUUUUGGAUGUUGAAACGCAACAAAUACAAGGAUUCUGUAAUCCAAAUGCUGCUGAUUACUUCCACAAUAGCUCAAUUCAAAAAAGUGGAUGUGCCCCUUCAGGAUUACUCGAUAUGUCAACUUGCCUGCCAGGCCAACCACGCAUUUUAUGGUCCAAUUCUCAUUUUUUGAAUGCUCCUUCAGCUCUUUUACUUGAAGGAAUGAAUUUACCUUCAAUUAAAAACGAUUAUUCUUAUUUUGAUAUUGAACCGAUUACGGGUGUUGUUGUUGGGGUACAACAAAAAUCUCAAUUAAAUUUGGGAAUGCUUAGAGGAGAUUUGAGCAUAACUCGUAAUAUGCGUGAUUUGAUAGUUCCAAUUAUUUGGAUUAAUGAAAGUGCAAUUAUUGACUCCAAAACAAGAGAACAACUUCAACUUCCAAUUAAAAUUAUUUUUUAUUCUUAUAUUUUUGGUUGGGUUUUGUUACUUUUUGGUAGUUUUUGUUUUUCUUUGAUUAUUGGUUUUGUUGUUGUGAGGCAAUGCAGGAGAAUGGCACAGGAAAUAAACGACAGCAUUGAUUCGCCUUUAAUUAAUUCUCCUCAACCUUCUGAUACUAAUAAUGGGGCAGUUACCGACACAUGA